AUGGAACAUGAAUUGAUGGAGCACAAGCUUCAGUUUCUCAGAGAGGCCUAUCACACGUCUGUGCGUGUGGUCCGAGUGUUGCUGGUGCUCCGUCUGGACCCUGCCCUCCUUCCUCUCUGUGGGCAGUGUCACAGGACACGUCCUGAGGCCCACUCAGGACGGGCCUCCUUCUUAGCUGUGUCCACAUCGGAUCGUCACUGGCUCCUUCAGCGUAAAAACUACAUCUCCCAUGAGCACUCUUGCUCACAUGAGUCACGUGUGUGCUCCAUCAUGGCGGCCGCUGUCACCGCUGAAGAUUUCUCCAACCUGCAGCUUCUCCUCAAGGCUCCGUCUAAAGAAGCCGUGAGAGAAGUGUUUGUCCUCAGUCACAGGGGUCCGAGUCGAGUCCUCACUGAAAACACUGCAGCAACAUUCAGCAUCUCCAUCUCUGAAGCAGCUCAGCUUCUUCAGUCGCUGCACUCUCUGACUCGUCACGUGGUUUUCCACAACCUCUCGUCUCCGGAUCAGAUUCUGCAGCUUUUUCCUGAAUCGUUUCAUUCCAGCCUCAAAAACCUUGUCACAAAAAUCCUGCUGGAAAACAGUUCUGGCUGGAGAUCAGAGGCUCUCAGUCACCAGAUCUCUCUGCCGCAGCUGAAGGAGGUGGACUGGAGAGUGGACCUGGUCAGCAGCUCAGAGUCCGUCAGUCGAAUGGCCGUCCCCACAUGUCUCCUACAGCUCAAGGUGGAGGACUCCUGUGGUGGUGAUGAGGCCGUCUCCACGGUGACGGUGGAGCUCAGCAGGGAGUCUCUGGACACCAUGUUGGACGGACUCGGACGAAUCCGAGACCAGCUGUCUGCAGUCGCCGGGAAGUGA